AUGUCGCUGAGGAAGGAAUCUCUUCGAGCAUAUAGGAAACUGUUCUCUGUAAGCACAAAAAUUUCUUACCAGUGCCCUCUACAUAACAAGAAUGGUUUUUUGGAGUAUAUCUCGUUCCGCUUUAAUCAGGAGGCUCAACUAAAUUCGAGACGUAUUGCGCAUGCCAUGCUUUAUCUUGAGAGGAAGGAAAGUGUAUUAUUAAAUAAAGCGACAAAGGGUCAGAAAUUUAGAACAAAAAAAAAAUCUUCUGUGACUCGUGGACUCCUUAAUGCGGAAAGAAAGAAAAUUUUGAGUGAAAAUGCAACGCGCAUGUCUCAUAAUAUUGACAUGAUAUACCGUUUGGCGGAGUUGUUGCCACACGCUGUUGGCAACACCUCGCUUACGUCUCUUUUACAAGUUUUAGCCGCUGGCGUGGGAAAUACCGCGUACCAACGCCGAAUGGAGUCCAGCUUCAUUGAAUUUUUCAACUUUGAGCAAAAGAAGGCGGAGCGCGAUGAUGCUGCCGAGGAAGCCACGAGUGAGCGGCAAAAUCGGAUCAUGCAGCAGGCGUUGGUACCAUACGCUGAACGUUUGCUCUUGCUGCAUCGCACGGCUGUUGGCGAGAACAACCCCGCGACUAACCUCAUUUACUUGACUCCAUGGCAGAUGACAGAGGCUAUCGUGGGAACACGAAGCGGCGUCAGUGCGUAUCACCUGCUCCACGGCAACGAUCACAUUGUUGUUGAGAUCGAUGAGGUGUAUAACAAACAGGUGAUAUACGUUGCCUGUGCGUGUGCGGGGGAGGGCACUCACAACGGAAGCUACAACUGGGAGCAAGAGAUCGAGGGGGUGGAAAUCAGCGAAUGCGAGGAGGUGAGGCGAACGGUCUUUCACGCCGAAUUCCUCUCGCGGGCGACACCGAUGUGCACCUCACUUCUGAAUGGAACACCCUUGCACGUAUCGCGUCGGACGGUGCUGGUCGGGCAUGCCGUGGGCGGCUCGGUCGCGCUGAUUCUGUCGCUUCUACUUUCGCAACGCGGAUUUGAAAUCAGCAACGUGAUAACCCUCGGCGCCCCAAAGGCGUUGCAGGGAACACUCGAGCGCUAUGUGGCCGCCAUCAACCCGAUACGGGUGGUGCUCGCCGGGGAUCCGCUUGUGGAGUUACCCGUAACGGGUGCCCAGGGGAAUCCUUUCGUACAUGUGGGAGAGAUUUUGCUCCUCACACCUCACGUCGGGGAGGAAGCUCCGAUGACUAGCACUACAAGUCAAUCCGAGAAGCCUUCUUCGGCUAAUGAUGCCCGAACCGGUACGUGCGCACCUUCUGAUAGCACUUUUCCAGCAACUGUGAAUUCAGUGGAGGGUUGUGGGGACGAUCUGACAGCUGAUAAGCUAGAUAUGCUCAUGAGCGAUACCAUACCUGAAGCACCCCUUGACGGGACUAACAACUGGGAUGACUUCUCAAGUAUGCCUUAUCCGCAACCAGAACGUGAAUCUUACGCACACGUUCCUUCCUCAGAAAUGCGUACGGUCCCAGAUUCAGUUUCGAAUGCUGAAAAUGGUGAAUUCUCGGAAAAUCAGAACGCAGAGGAAACGUCUGAGGAAGCUGAGUGUUUAUUUCGCGUUGUCAAGGAGCGUUACCGUGCUCAGUAUUUGGUGGAGCAUUAUGUGCAACAUCUGUGCGAUCCUAAUAUCGAGCUUACUUAUGCCGAAGGAGACGAGGUUUGGGAUGAAGGAAGCUAUGCAGAGACACGUCGUGAGGCAGAGCGCACAAUGAAUGUUUCCUUUGGGGAGAGGUUCCAGCGCGACCUGCGAGGCCCACUCUAA